GACGGCAGUGUUAGUUCAGCUUUAUUGCGAAGUAAACCUGUUGUGUUUAUGACGCGUGUGACCCCUCACUGAUCUCAAGAUGUGGCGCCUACUGCUCUGCGCGCUCCUGGCUUCAGGUCCGGUAUCUCCGAACAUAAUAUCGGAGAUGGGCAAGGGUGUGGUGGAGACAGCGAAGUUCGUCUCCAACCCGGUAGACCAGGUGGGGAAGAUCAAGGGAACUGCCGAGUACUUCAGCCACUUCCAGGAUAAGUCGCAAUUGCCGCAAAAGAACUUCACCUUGGCUGAGGUGGCGCAGUGUGACGGAGAAGACGGCCGGGACUUCUUCAUCAUCAUCAAGGAUGGUGUCUACGAUCUUAAGGAGUUCGCGCAAUACCACCCCGCUGGCUACGAGCCACUGAAGCGUCACGCGGGGCAGGACGCCACCGCAGCCAUCAAGGCAUCAGGCAUGCCUCCACAGUCCUACGAGCCCUUCCUCAAGUACCUGAAAGUUGGCAACAUUGUUAAGGCAGAAGAGAACCAGUCUUCCGCGCUUGAUUCUGUAGUGCACUCUGUCAAAUCUCACGUUGAAUGAAACCGUUGCAUAUGUAUAAAUAAAUACCGACCUAACACUAUAAAAUAAGGAAUAACACUACGCAUGGAACGGAUACUUUUCGCCCCGCACC